CCCUCCAAGAAACCUCGCCGUUCAUCUCCAGAAAGAAAAAAAACCCACUAUUGGGUCAUAGCUGGGCGUAGCUUCUUCUAAACCAGUAGUGGGGGGAAUAAUUACCCUGCUGCAAGGCAGAAGGACCAGAUUAAGAUUCAAUUAUUAACGUGGAAGUUGUUUCCGAGGCAGGAACAUGGCUGCCCAGUGUGUGACCAAGGUGGAGCUCACCGUGUCCUGCGAGAACCUCCUGGACAAAGACAUCGGCUCCAAGUCGGACCCCCUCUGCGUCCUUCUGAUGUCUAGCUCUGACUCCAAGUGGUAUGAGGUGGGACGCACAGAGAAAGUUCAGAAUUGCCUCAGUCCGAAGUUUGCCAAGAAGUUUGUCAUCGACUACUACUUCGAAAUAGUCCAGAAGCUGAAGUUUGGGAUUUACGACAUCGAUAACAAGACUGUGGAUUUGAACGAUGACGACUUUCUGGGGGAACUGGAGUGCACCCUGGGUCAGGUUGUGUCCAGUCAGAAACUGACCCGGCCGCUGGCGCUGAAGAACAACAAGCCAGCUGGGAAGGGAACGAUCACUAUCAGUGCGGAGGAAAUAAAAGACAAUCGGGCGGCGUAUUUUGAGAUGGAGGCAAGAAAGCUGGAUAACAAGGAUUUCUUUGGGAAGUCUGAUCCUUAUUUGGAGUUAUACAAGCAGACAGAAACCGGGUGGCAGCUGGCUCACAGGACAGAGGUGGUGAAGAAUAACUUGAACCCGACGUGGAGGCCGUUUCGAGUUCCCCUGCAGUCUCUGUGUGGGGGAGACAUGGAGAAACCAAUUAAGGUGGAGUGCUACGACUACGAUGAUGACGGCUCUCACGAUCUCAUCGGAUCCUUUGAAACCACGAUGAAGCGGCUCCAGGAAGCUUCGCGGUCUUCUCCGGCCGAGUUUGAGUGUAUCAACAGCAAAAAGAAGCAGAAGAAGAAAGGCUACAAGAACUCUGGUGUUGUGAGCGUGAAGCGUUGCGAGGUCGUAAAGGAGUAUACGUUCCUGGAUUACAUCAUGGGAGGCUGUCAGAUCAACUUCACUGUGGCUGUGGACUUCACCGGCUCCAACGGAGAUCCCAAGAGUCCUCAGUCCCUACAUUACAUCAGCCCUCAGGGCGUUAACGAGUACCUCUCUGCUAUCUGGUCCGUGGGCAACGUCAUUCAGGACUACGACAGUGAUAAAAUGUUCCCGGCGUUUGGCUUCGGAGCCCAGAUUCCACCCACAUGGCAGGUCUCCCACGAGUUUCCUCUCAACUUCAACCCCUCCAAUCCGUUUUGUGCAGGUGUAGAAGGGGUGGUGCAGGCCUACAGGGCGUGUCUCCCGCAGGUCAAACUCUACGGCCCCACCAACUUCUCCCCCAUCAUCAGUCAUGUAGCUUGUUUCGCUAAACAAGCCAUCCAACAGACCACUGCAUCCCAAUACUUCGUUCUGCUGAUCAUCACCGACGGAAUCAUCACCGACAUGGAUCAGACGCGCGACGCCAUCGUCAACGCCUCGCGGCUGCCCAUGUCCAUCAUCAUCGUCGGCGUGGGAGCGGCGGACUUCAGCGCCAUGGAGUUCCUGGACGGAGACGACGGCCGCCUGCGUUCUGUGGCUGGCGAGGCCGCCAUGAGGGACAUCGUCCAGUUUGUCCCGUACAGGAAUUUUCAGAACGCUCCUCGUGAGGCGCUGGCGAAGAGCGUUUUGGCCGAAGUGCCGGCUCAGCUGGUGGACUUUUUCUGCACCAUGAAGCUGAACCCACCGAAGACGAGUCCUGCCCCGGCGGAGACCCCCGCCAUGCCAUAAAGAAACCCGACGGAUUCCUCUUUUCAUCUCAUGCAGCUCUAUAUAACCGACAGCACUGUCAUGUUAGUGUGCACUAAAGUGUCAAUCGAGCCAGCUGUCGACAGCAUCCAGGUUAGUUCGUUGAUUUUAUAAGUAAAAAAAUAAAUAGAUAAAUAUAAAAGAAUCCUGGUAUCUGCUCUAUAUGGAAAGCAGGAGACAUCUGGACAAGCCCAGAUUUAAAUUUCUUAAAUUUGCACUUUAAGAUUUGACUUUGCAUGGUAGUUUAAUCUAUAUUGUCAAAAGUAUUGAAACGCAUUCCUUUAUGAACUUCAGUCCCAUUCUGAAUUCAUCGGCAUUAACAUGAUGAUGGCCCACAUUUGAUGCUGUUUCACCUUCCUUUGGAAAGUGCCAUAGAUUAUAUGGGAUUUUUUAUUUCUUUUGCAUUUGUGAGGUCAGACACUGAUGUUGGAUGACAAUGUCAUUAUAAUUGUGCCAAAGAUGCAUCAUCAGAUUGAGCUGUUCCUCGUCAAACUUAUUUGUGGCCCUUUCUUCAUUGCUUGCUUCCCAAUUCAAAAAUACUUUAUCGAUCCCAAAGGGAAAUUCAAUAAAUAAUUAAGUGUCAACUGUGUGGAGCUGUUCCCACAUAGUCCAGGAUAUUAAUAAUUUUGCAAAGCACAAUUCGUCUGUGUAUGUCUUGUUUGUUGCAUUUCCUCAUCGGAAACUAAAUGAAAAUAAAAUAAAGGUAGUUUUAUUUUUGCUUUAAAAUAAGAAAAUUAACUUUGAUGAUGCUCUAUUUUUUCGAGUGGGAAAUUUUUAUUUUCUUUUUUAUAUCUAAAAUACAAAAAAAUACAAAAAAAACAAGUGAAACAAUGCUUAAUUUUAUAAUCCGAUUGUCUUUCCUUAGACUGGUGUAGUAUAUGUGUCAUCAUGUGACAUCAAUGCCCAAAAAUGGUAACGCUUUCUCAAGCUCACGAUGACAUUAAAGAUAACUUUUUUCUUAAAUUUAAAAUUUUAGGCAUAUGUUACAUUUUAACUUUAGAUAUUAACCUGCAUAUUUGUUUUGUGGUGGGAAAAACAUAUGGGAGAACACUUUGUGGGUACGUUUGACGGUGUCUCUCAUGGUCUCAAUAUGUUCUUAUUUUAAACAAGAGACGAUUGUUCUACUCCUCUGUUCUUCAUGAAAACGUUUCAGUUUUAUGUUUUGGGUUUGCAUUGAGUUUAAUCGAUGGUUUCUGAUGAGAACACUCAAGAGACCAAAAGAGAGACCAAAAAACACAUUUUUGGGAGAUAAAAGUUGUCUUUUUAGAGCUUAAACAAAAUUACUGUGCAUAAUGCAUAAUUCCAUCAUUUUCUAUGUUAAAUCAUGCAAUAUCAAAUGUGUAACACUUCUAUAAUCAAGAACUAGAAUGAAAACCACAGUCAAUAGCUGUAGUCUGCAUGUUUGUCUAUGUACUUCCAUGUCAUAAUUAACCAGCAGUAUGAAGAUUUAUAUUGUUCUAACAAUAUUUUGCCAUUAUGUUUUGCUUUCUCCAUAUUGACGAUCCACUAGAUUUGUCUCAGACAUGAAGUAACAUAAUAUCAGUAUUAUAUAUGCAAGUGCUCUCAACAUCAGUGAGUUUUGAAAAUGGCACCACAUGUUUACAUCUUGUGUUUUUAUUUUGUCAUUAGUUUAAAUGUAACUUUUUGACCAUAUAAUGUUCAUAUGCCAGCUUUUUGCUGUUCUAUUCCAGCUGCUUUGCACUUAAAUCAAUAGUGGACUAUGUGCCUUAGAGCGUCCUGCUUGCUAAUAAAACUUAAAAUUAUAAACAAAAUGUUUUUUCUUCUUUGUGUCGACUCUAUGCCUGAGAUGUACGCUGCUACCACCUAGUGGUGAGAAGGUGGCACGACAGCCUC